GGUGACUGACUUGGUAGAGCAAUGAAAAAGCAACGAAAAACGACUUACCUAUCCCUAAUGAAAAUAUUGUAAAAAAAAGUAAAAUUGGCUGCAAACGAACAGCAAAGUAAUAGAAAAUCAAGUGUAAACCACUUGAAUUGUAAAUACAAUAACAAGAAAAGGUGGUAAGUGCAAGAACAAAGCUAGUGGACACCACGAUACGGCCAAUGAAAAGGAGAAGAGACCAAAGAAACCAUACAUACCAGACAACAAGAGUUACAACAAAAACGGCGGCGACAGCGACGACGGGAAAAAUAAAGAGGCGAAAAACAAAGGAAAAAAACUUUGCAGGCCAAUAACGUCGUGCAAGAGGAUAACACAAACCAACAAUAGACGUCAGUCAGCGCCAGCCAGCCAAGAAACUCAACAAGGCUAUUUUAAGAUCAUGGACGAUGAUACAACGACGAAAAUGAAGGUUAAGGAUCAAUGCCAAUGCAGCCAAAACGACAAGGUCAAUCUGGCGACAAUGCAAAAACAAAGUACCAAUGACGAGGACGGUAGCACUAGCAGCAGCGGUGACGACAACAACGUUGCUGAAUCAGUUAAUGAAUCCAACCAAACUGUAAAUGAGAAAGAGCUGGCGGACCGAACUGACGAUGGUAAUUGUUGUGUGGCCAAAGACGAAGAAGAAUACCAUGUAAAUAUGUUGCCCGAUGAAAUGUUGGAAUUUAUAUUAACCUACCUGCCGCCGUACAAGGAUUUGGAAAAUUGCCGAUUGGUGUGUAAACGUUGGAAUGGCAUUGUAAAAAAUUUAAUACGACGCUCCAAAAUCAAUUUGCAUAAGGGAUUGGUGGAUUAUCGCCUAAGCUGGCAAGUGUAUUCCCAACAAACUGCCGCCUCUAUAGAGGCCAAAAAUGGUGGCACGAAUUGUGGUAGUCCCACAACGCCCAUCAUUGCUGGAAGAUUUUCUCAUUCUGCGGUACGUCAUGGAAAUUCAAUGUAUGUAUUUGGUGGCGGCAGUUCUUCAGAUACCACUUUCAAUGAUUUGUGGCGUUUCGAUUUGUCGGAAAUGCGUUGGGAACGUCCAUUGUCCAUGGGCUCAUAUCCGUCACCCAAAGGCAGUGCCUCGAUGGUGUGUUGGCGUGAACAAUUGGUUUUAUUUGGUGGUUGGCGUUACCCUUCGCUGCAUCCGCCAUAUCAGCAGUGGUGUCUGUUCGACGAGCUGCAUUAUUACGAUUUGUUGACCAAUCGUUGGUCUGUGGCCCUCACAAUGACCAGCCCUCCUCCACUGGCUGGUCACUCGGCGAGUGUUCAUGGUGAUAUAAUGGUCAUAUUUGGUGGUUAUCAAAUCAUUGAAGGUGUCAAUUCAAAUUCCAACGAAACCUGGUGUUUGGACCUGGCGGAACAUCGCUGGUGGCAACCCACAUUUUUGGGUACUCUAAAACCACCAGCCCGUUAUGGACAAUUCCAAUUGGUCUUAGAUGAUAAACAUUUGCUGGUGGUAGGAGGUUGUGGUGGGCCGAACAGUGUGUACUCCGAUGCCUGGCUUCUGGAUAUGUCCAGGGAUUUGUGGCAAUGGAAAUCCAUACCGGUGCGUAACAAAAAAUAUGCCGCCUCACAUAUGUGGUGCAAUCCUGCCUGUAAAAUUGAUUCGAAAUUGGUUGUGUUAGGACCCACGCCCAAUAUGCCUCAAGAUUUCCAACUAAUGAAACAAGCUCGAGUGCCAGUGGGCGGUGGUCAUGCUGCCCCACGGCCUGGUGGAGGUUUGGGUCACAAUAAUCAUAAUAACCCCUUGGACAGACACAGACCCAGAGCGAUGUUAGAUGGUGGUGGAGCCGUUAGAAUACCCGCCGUAAAUCACAAUCGUUUGGAAAACCAAAGGAGGCCAGGUGCUGGUCAGGGAAAUAUACCACGUGAUGGUCCCGAUGAUCACUAUUUUGCCCAAAGAAGAGCCAUUCUCAAUCAACACCAGCAAAAUGCCAAUAACAAUAAUUUCGUCAAUAAUCACAACAACAUUCAUAAUUUACAACCCCGCUAUGGUAGUUUAAGAGAUUUGCAUCAGGCUCCCUCACCAGAGGAGAGAAAUCAAAAUCGGCCCUCAACAUCGGCUGGAUCGUCGCCACGCUUUAAUGGCUCUCAUCAGCAUCAAGAUAAUGAGGCCAAUGGCGGAGGCUUAGAUCAGGAGGCGGCAAAUCGUCUGCAACGUAACCUGGCCCUGAGAUGCCGAGAAAACGAGCCUUUACUGCCCAAAAGAUUCGAUGAACUGUACGAGGAUCAAUUCCGCAUGGCUGCCUUUAAUGUACAAAACCGUCCACGAUCCCUUUCGAAGGAUCACAAUGAACGUAUUCGGCGCAUGGAGGAGAAAAUGAAUGCUUUACGCAACUCCAGACGCAGUGCCAUGGUCGAGCAGAAAGUUAUCAAAGAGCCAUCACCCAAAAGGGCAAAACGCAAUGUCUUGUCGUUGUUUGUAUGUGAUCUAUCGAAUGCCUUAUCCGAAACAACAGAACCCUAUAUAGAAUGGUUAGAGUAUAAGAAUUAUGGUGUCAUACCCGGUGCCCCGGAACGACUAAUACUAUCAACAAUGGUACCGGGUCAUGGUGAAUUGAUAUUAUUCGGCGGUGUUCACAAAGAAACACUUAGUGAAAUUACCCAUCAAGUUUCCAAUACUGUACACUUUUUGAGUGCUCCCCGAGAUAUUGUUUAAUUUGUGGACGUGGACGGAUGGAAUUAUUCUACUACUAUUUUAUUAAAUAACCGUUGAUGAUCUCCGUUGAUUUUCCUUCAUUCAUUCGUUUGUUUGUCGUCUUCGAGCGUGGUAUUACUCGAUGAGUGCUAUGGAAGGGGCAAACUUUUUAGCACCGCUUGUUAUUUAUGCACUUUGCUUCAGAAAAAUAAUUGCCAAGUGUUUCGCAAAAGCAAAAAAGAAAACCUGACCUGUCUUAUUUAUAAGUGAGCUAAAUUAAUAUUUUAUUUUUUAGAUUUUACUAAAAUUAUUCUAAUUUUCUAAGGCAAAACAAAAUAUUUUAUUCUCCACAAAGAAACCCAAGAAUUUCAAUUAACAAAAUACAGAGUAUUUGUUAAAAAUUAAAUGGAAAACUUUA